GUGUUUUUUUUUGUUUUUAUAUCCACAGUACUUCAGCCUUGCCUGCUGCAGCCAAAUUUAGCUGUCACUUCAGUCGAUGUUAAAGAUGGCAGGAAACAAGUCUUACACUAUAGUUGAAUAUUUCGGCGGGGACAGCGGUUACCGGUGUGGUUACUGUAAAAAUGAUGAAGGCAACUUUUCUCACGGGAUGUGGUCUCACACCAUGACUGUACAAGACUACCAGGACCUCAUAGACCGAGGGUGGAGAAGAAGUGGGAAAUACGUCUAUAAGCCCAAAAUGAACAAGACCUGCUGUCCACAGUACACCAUCAGAUGUCAUGCACUGAAAUUCCAGCCUUCCAAGUCGCACAAGAAAGUCCUGAAAAAGAUUAGCAAAUUCAUUUCCAAAGGGGAAUUACCGAAAGGACCGGCUGAGGGGGAGCCGAUGGACUCCGUGUGUGACCAAGCAGGUCCGCGCGAACCAAGCAACGCCUGCCCCUCCCAAGUGCAGCGUGCCGCCAUAACCGACAUUCAGAAGGAGCUGCCGGAGUGUCCCGCCGCCACGGAAGCUCGGAAGGAGGCGGGAGACGGCGCCCCGGCCGACUCUGUGACCCCAAGAAAAGAUCCAGAGUCCGUUGCGGGUGAGCGAGCGACAGCCGGGGCUCCCAGAGCAGGGAUGGGUGCUGAUCCUGGCCGGCCGCCGUGUCGGAAGGCCAAAGACUUGAGAAAGGAGCGACGUCUACAGAAAGAGCAGAACAGACCGCAGUCUGAAGGGGACGCCUCCAUUGUCUCUCCAACUCCACCCAAUCCGGCACAGACCACGCAACCCAAGCCCCUGGAAGAUUUCAUCAAUGAGUCAUUGCCCGACAACUCCCCACAUCGCCUCGAGGUGAGGCUAGUGCGCUCCAAUCCCCCUAGCCCGCAGUUCAAAGCCUCUUUCGACGCCUCCUACCAGGUGUACAAACUCUACCAGAUGGCCAUUCACAAGGACCCUCCCGACAAACCCUCCGAGAGCCAGGUGAGGCUAGUGCCGGUCAACUUUGAGGACCCUCAGUUCACAGCGUCCUAUCAGCAGUCGGUGGCGCUGUACGCCAGCUACCAGAUGGCCAUUCACGGCGACGAACCCAGCGAGUGUAGUGAGAGCGAGUUCCGGCGGUUUCUCUGUGAUUCACCACUAGAGGCAGAACACUCUCCCGAUGGGCCCGAGGCGGGCUACGGCUCCUUCCACCAGCAGUACUUGCUGGACGGGCGCAUCGUGGCGGUGGGGGUGAUCGAUAUCCUGCCUACGUGUGUGUCCUCAGUCUACCUUUACUACCACCCGGACUUUGCCUCGCUGUCGCUGGGCUCCUACUCUGCUCUCAGGGAGAUCGCUUUCACCAGGCAGCUGCAGAAACAGUCUCCCAAGCUGUCCUUCUACUACCUGGGCUUUUACAUCCACUCCUGUCCCAAGAUGCGGUAUAAGGGACAGUACCGGCCUUCAGACCUCCUGUGCCCAGAAACCUAUGCCUGGGUCUCAAUAGAGCAAUGCAUACCCCAGCUGGAGAACUCCCGCUACGCUCGGUUUAACCAGGACCCCGAAGCAGGAGACGCCCGGGUGCUGAAGGAGGUGGGCCGGGCCCUGGUGCUGUACCGGCGGGCCGUGAUGCCUUACGCAGCCUACUCCCGCAAGCGCAAAGGCUCCAGCGACGAGGCCGAGGUGCAGCAGUACGCCGACCUGGUGGGCCAGGACUGUGCCGAGAGGAUCCUGCUGUACCGCGCCUAAACGUAGAGCGCCGUGCACCCCACCUUUUUGAAUGCGUCCGUGAAUACGCAGACCCCCCCCCCCCCCCCCCCCCCCCCCCCACCCCUCCAGUCUGCUUCUCUUCACGGACGUCCGUGUGUCUUCCUGACUGUCUGCCGCCGCUCCCUGACGUCUCACCGCUGCUUCGCUCUGCAAAAGCUCACUGUCGCUGCAUGUGUCCAUUCACCCAUCGGCCUCAUUCAUCACUUAUCUCAUUUACAUCUUGUUCAUUGAGUAAUCCCCCCCCUCCCUCCCCCCUCUUCAGGCACCGUCCUCUUGAAUGUAAUGAAUCGCUGUGAGUUUUUUGUAUCCUGAAUUGUUAAGUAGCUGAUGUUAGCGGUGAGGAUGCUACACACAGGCGACGGCUCUCCUGACGCGGGUUUAGAUUUAAGCAUGUUGUCCUUUAAAUGUUAAGUGAUUUUGGUUGUCAGCUGCUUCUAUUUUAUCCACAAACAUUUUAUUGUUUUGUUUUUUAUUCUGGGGCUUCAAAAAGCCCCAAAAUGUUUUUGUCUGUAAUGUUUGUAGCUUUGUUUGAUUUUCUUUUAAUAUUAUAAUUGUUACUUUUGAUUAAGCCAAAUAAAUGAGUUGUAUAAUCCUG